UUUAUGCCAACCCAUUAAUGUUUCACAUCGUUAUAGCCGAUUAAAGGCUGCCAUAAUACAGAGUUAUUUAUUUAUCCGAUAUAAUAGCGAAUAGUAAUCGCCGGAACUUGCUGAUCUCAAAAUGCAUCAAGUAACAAAUACUUUGAUAGGAUCGACUCACCGUUUAACAAGAGGCUUUUCAGUGCGGCGGUGAGCCAUUUAGCGAAAAUAGUUAUCACGCGGAGAAAAACUCGCGAGCGAGAGGUCUCGAAGUGCCGCCAGUGCGAAAGAGACGGUGGAUAUAAGAAAGAAAUAAUAAAAAGCGUGGUCGAAGUGUGGUGGCGUAGGGCGGGAUGCAGGCCCCUCCCUGCGACGCGUCGCCGCCUCGGCGCUACUUGACGCCUCAGUCUGAACCACAGCGCGCUAUCUCGCACGCGCGCCUGCUGCAUUACCGCGCGUAAAAAGUUUGACUAUCACCGAAACUUCGCGAACUAUGUUAUUUUAGUGGACGUCGCAUCGUUUCAGUGUAUUGGUUAUGAUCUGUAAUGGGAUGCACGGUCGGUGACGUGUGGGCCCGUAGCCGGUUUCCUGAGGUGGCCAGCUUGAUGCUGCUUCAGAGUGAGGGCCGUGAACGGCCAGCCAUGGACGAGGAAUGCUCUGCCCGGCCCUGUGCCACUGACUUUUCGAUUGCGGCUAUUAUGGCCAGGGACAGGCAGGAGAGGCGAGAGAGACGAAGACAUAGAGACCCUAGAGAAGAUACUUUGACGCCAUUAGAAAAAUUCGUGGAUGCUACCGCCUCAGCGUCAGGGUCACCAUCUCCUCCUCUACCGGAAUUCGACAGAGAUUCCCCCGUAGAUGUCUCAUCUACGUCAGAGGCUGGUUCCAUGGGUGGAGGUCCUGGGGGCUCCAGGGCUCUCUCCCCUACCCCAAGAAACCCCUUGCUCGCCGAACGAUGGUCCAGCGAAGAAAUGAAACACAUACAAUGUCAUUUAGAAACGAAGGAACUGUGGGAUAAAUUCAAUGAACUAGGCACAGAGAUGAUCAUUACAAAAACUGGAAGGCGCAUGUUCCCUACGGUUCGUGUCUCGUUCGCGGGAUGCCGCGCAGAGGCGCGUUAUGGCGUUCUACUAGACGUGGUGCCCGUGGAUAGCAAACGCUACCGCUACGCCUACCACCGCUCGUCAUGGCUGGUGGCGGGCAAAGCGGAUCCUCCCGCGCCCGCGCGUCUAUACCCGCACCCUGACUCUCCCUUCUCGGGUGAUCAGCUGCGCAAACAGGUCGUCUCUUUUGAGAAGGUCAAGCUCACCAAUAACGAAAUGGAUAAAAACGGACAGUUGGUACUGAACUCCAUGCACAAAUAUCAGCCACGUAUUCACCUUGUUCUCCGACGGGAGGGUGCGGUGAACGCUCCCAUAACAGAUCUUGAGCAAGAGGAAUUCAAGACAUUUAUCUUCCCGGAAUGCGUAUUUACUGCUGUGACAGCGUACCAAAAUCAACUUAUCACGAAGCUUAAGAUUGACAGUAAUCCGUUCGCAAAGGGAUUCCGCGACUCAUCUCGUCUUACGGAAUUCGAAAGGGAGACAAUGGAAUCCAUGCUGGCGGAGCAACAUUAUUUGCGGUCGCCGCUUCGGCCGUUCGACUUGGAUCAGCAUAAUAACAAUUUGACGUUAGAAGAGAAAGCAAUUUUGGCAGCGCGGUCGCAACUCUUCCUUCGUGCUGCGUAUCCACUGUAUGGGGUUCCAGCUGCCGCUCUGUGGGGACAGUGGGCUUGUUUAGCCCCACAACUCCUGGCUCAACAACAUUUAGCGUCAGGAUCGGGGCUUCAAUUGCCGCGACCGGUCUAUCCGGGUGGAGUCCCGGCGCCUCUUUCUCAACAUCGGUUCUCGCCAUAUCCUCCUCGAAGGUCAUCUCCGGGGUCCUCUCCUGACUCUCUGCGGGACCCAAGCCCACACCCGCAUCCAUCACAUACGCCGCACACGCCGCAUCCACCGCAUAGUCCUACUUAAGACAUGGCUUUUAACGGACAGUUAUAAUUGUAUUUUAUUCAGAUAAUAAUUAGUUUAGCAGAAAUCGUUGUCGCAAGCACAACAGCUUCUAGGAAAGUAAAUGUUUUGUCUAUAAAGAAUAAAGUUUAUAGAUUUUAUUUUCAUUCCAGUAGGCAUACAUCAUGAAAAGAUUCGUAAGCCACUUAUGUAAUAUAUUGUAAUAUAAUAUUUAAUUGUUAUAUAAGACUGUAAUUAUUGUUGUAAUAAUGUUCCUAAUAAUUUUCUGUAGAAAUAUGUAUUUAUCACAUUCUUAGUUAAGAACACGGAGUUGUGUGGGAUUGGUGUUAAAAAUUAAUGAAUCACAAAAGUUUAUGUGCAAUACAACAAUAGCAUAGUUAGUUUAGUAUUCAUGUAAGGUAUCUAUGUAAAAAUCAUGAAAAAUACCACCUAAAGUACGAUACAUAGAUGUCUCCUUGUAGGGAAAUGGUAGAUAAAAUAGUUAUUAUAAAUAAUAUAUUAAUAAC